AGAAAUCAGAAACUCCACACGUCUUUAAACACUGAUGCGGGAUUUGAUCUGUUCUCAGUCAGCGCUGGUCACCUGUAUGAGUUUAUUUACACGUGAGAAGGAGAUCUGAGCAGCUCAAGGGACUUUGGACACUUGGAGUUCUUUGGCGCAGGAGCGCAUGAAACCCUCAUCUCCCGCUGGAGGAUUUUACAGUCGCACUAGAGUUUUUAUCCAUUCUUCUGCAUGAAUCUCUUCGACUCCUACGUCAAGAUGAGCGACGAGCAGGACAAGAGUCUUUCCGACGCGCCAAGCCCGAGCAUGUCCGAGGAUUCUGCUGGCUCUCCGUGUCCGUCCGGAUCAGGAUCGGAUACCGAGAACACCCGACCCGAGCAGAACCUGAGAGAGUUCAAGAAAGACGAGGAGGGAAAAUUCCCUGUGUGCAUUAGAGACGCAGUUUCGCAGGUCCUGAAGGGUUAUGAUUGGACCCUGGUGCCCAUGCCGGUGCGAAUGAACGGCUCCAGCAAGAACAAACCGCACGUGAAAAGACCAAUGAACGCGUUUAUGGUUUGGGCUCAAGCUGCGCGCAGAAAACUGGCAGAUCAGUAUCCGCAUCUGCACAAUGCCGAACUCAGCAAAACCCUCGGGAAACUCUGGAGACUACUGAAUGAGGGAGAGAAGCGCCCAUUUGUAGAGGAGGCUGAGCGCCUUAGGGUCCAGCAUAAAAAAGACCACCCUGACUACAAGUAUCAGCCCAGACGGAGAAAAUCUGUGAAAAACGGACAAACUGAGUCUGAGGACGGUGAGCAGACCCAUAUCUCUCCCAAUGCCAUCUUUAAAGCCCUGCAACAAGCUGAUUCUCCUGCGUCCAGCAUGGGUGAAGUGCAUUCACCAGCAGACAAUUCAGCCGGUCAGUCCCAAGGCCCUCCCACACCUCCCACAACCCCCAAAACAGAGCUGCCGACCAGCAAAGUAGACUUAAAACGUGAGGGCCGUCCCCUACAAGAGGGCAUUGACUUUGGAGCUGUGGAUAUCGGCGAGCUGAGCAGUGAUGUCAUCUCUAACAUGGAGCCUUUCGAUGUCAAUGAGUUUGACCAGUACCUGCCUCCUCAGGGACACCCAGGGAUUGCAGUCACCAAUGCUGCACAGUCAUAUUCUACAGGCUAUGGGCUCAACAGUCAAGCUGUGGGAGCUACAGCGCACAGCUGGAUGUCCAAACAACAACAGCAGCAUUCGCUGAACACAAUAGCCAGUGGUGGUGAGCCAGGUCAAGGCCAUCAGAGAACCCAGAUCAAGACCGAACAGCUGAGUCCCAGCCACUACAGUGAACAGCAGGGCUCCCCACAGCAUGUGGCCUAUGGCUCAUUCAGUCUGCAGCACUAUAGCACCUCAUACCCCUCUAUCACCCGCACACAGUACGAUUACGCAGACCACCAGAAUCCUGCCAACUCUUACUAUAGUCAUUCAGGUCAGGCCUCAAGCCUCUUUUCUACUUUUAGCUACAUGAGUCCCAGCCAGAGGCCCAUGUACACCCCUAUUGCCGACACAACAGGCGUCCCGUCCGUACCGCAGGCACACAGUCCACAGCACUGGGAGCAACAGCCAGUCUACACCCAGUUGUCCAGGCCAUAAGAGACUCGGUCACAUUCAGAAACGCUCUCACGCUGGAGUCCCUGAGCUGCCAGGAGAACUCAUGGGACGCUGUUUAAACGUACUGUACUGAAACGAACAGAAUGGCUCCCGACAGUGCCUUUUAAAAAUUGCAUGGAGUUGUGAUUUUAUUUUUUUAGAGAAAGCCUCUAUGAGGACAUAUUCAAUAUAAUUAUUUUAGUAUGUACUGUGUAUGUGUUAUUUGUUUUUCACAGCUUGUUUUAUUGGGGAAUUUAUACUUUGGUACAAGGAGAAUAAGCAUGUCUGUAAACAAGUCUGUGAUCUUCAUUUUCACUGAUGUUAUUUUUGUUAAAAAAGAAAAAGCCUUUACCCCUUCUUUAUCCGAUAAUGUCCCUUUAAUUCUGUGUAUAUAUGUUUAUGGGUCUUUUACAAAUUGGGCAAGGCAAGUGGUGGGGUGGGGAAAUUGUUGAUUUGAUAGCACAAACAGAUCUAUAGUAAUGCAUCUAUAGUCCAGUGACUUAGCAUAGCUUAGCAAGUGUAUGUCGGAGUUGGUACUGUAUUUUAGAGUUGCCAUAUCAGAUGGCUUUAAAUCCUUCUGUGCCUAUACAGUAGCUCUCACCUCUUGGUCUUACUGCUGGUGGAGAAACAGGAAGUGUCCUUUGACCUGAGACUCAAUAGUGAGCUACAGUCAUUCUUACAGCUGUCAUUAAAUCUUAACCCUUUAAUUUAUUCAUUAGUAUUCAUUUACUUGAAAGUAAUACUAUUUGCAUUUUAUCAUAUACUUUAGCCUGUAAGACUAAUUUGUGAUAACAUGCGAAAUUAUUUUAGAGAGGAUUCUUUGUUUUUAGUUGUAGUGCAAACUUUAACCAUACACCUUAUUUAUCAUUUGUAAAUGUUUCCAUUUAAGAAAAAUAAAGUUUUUUUACAAUCUAGAUGAGUACACAUGACUGUGAUGAAACUUAAUCAAAUCUUUAAACAUAAAUAACUGGAUUUUUUUUCUCUCUAUUUUAUCACAAAACAUAUUGACUUCUGCAAGCUGUUUUCUAUUUUGUAAAGAUUUCUCCUAAAACACCACCAGCUUUUUAUUUUGAAAUAAUAUAUAUAUAUAUAUAUAUAUAUAUAUAUAUAUAUAUAUAUAAACGUGCCACUGUCUUAAAAGAAGCACAUCUUUUGUAUAAUAUUGUUUGCAAUAAAAAGAAAGAUACUGAAAUUA